UUAUAUUGGAAUCGGACAGAAGGACAGGAGAGUAAUGUUUUGAUUGAGCUGAAAGACAAAAUCUACGCUAGGCAAGAAGGUGGUCCUGGGCCUCAACAUCACCUUGUCCAAGGGUCCCAAAUUCAGAUCCCAUGAAGUUACUGGGGAACAAACAUGAGAAGUUAACAGGGAGUGCAACCAACAAAGCAAUGGUCUCUGAGCCCGGGUUCACACGUGUGGGGUACAGGACACCGCAUGUGAUUCGCAUAGAGAAUCGCACCACAUUCCUGUGUUUGCACAUGUGAUGUUUGUGCGGUGCGAUUUGAGUCAUUCCUUUUGUAUGAAUGCUGCUCAACCAAUACCUCUGUGACCGAGCUCUGGUGGGCGGAGCGAAACCCAU